UCCACGCUCCGCCGCCGCGCAGCGCUUUGCGGCCGCUUUUGCUUCUUCACUCGAAUGCACUGAGAGCCCCAGGCGUGUGUUUAUGGAAAUAGUGGGGUGCCGAGCCGAAAACAAUUCGUGUCCUUUCCGCCCCCCAGCCAUGCUCUUCCACGGAAUCUCCGGAGGCCACAUCCAAGGUAUCAUGGAGGAGAUGGAGCGCAGAUCCAAGACCGAGGCCCGUCUGGCCAAAGGCACCCAGCUCAACGGCCGCGACGCGGGCAUGCCCCCGCUCAGCCCCGAGAAACCCGCUCUGUGCGCAGGCUGCGGGGGCAAGAUCUCCGACAGGUACUACCUGCUGGCCGUGGACAAGCAGUGGCACCUCAGGUGCCUCAAGUGCUGUGAGUGUAAGCUGGCCCUGGAGUCCGAGCUCACCUGCUUCGCCAAGGACGGCAGCAUUUACUGCAAGGAGGAUUACUACAGAAGGUUCUCUGUGCAGAGAUGUGCCCGCUGCCACCUUGGCAUUUCCGCCUCUGAGAUGGUCAUGCGCGCCCGAGACUCUGUCUAUCACCUGAGCUGCUUUACUUGCUCCACUUGCAACAAGACCUUGACCACGGGCGACCAUUUCGGUAUGAAGGACAGCCUGGUGUACUGCCGCGCACACUUUGAGACCCUCUUGCAAGGGGAAUAUCCACCUCAGCUGAGCUACACCGAGCUGGCAGCCAAGAGCGGCGGCUUGGCCUUGCCUUACUUCAAUGGCACUGGCACGGUGCAGAAGGGGCGGCCCCGGAAGCGAAAGAGCCCAGCUCUGGGAGUGGACAUCGUGAAUUACAACUCAGGUUGUAAUGAGAACGAGGCAGACCACUUGGACCGGGACCAGCAGCCUUACCCACCCUCACAGAAGACCAAACGCAUGCGAACUUCCUUCAAGCACCACCAGCUCCGGACCAUGAAAUCCUACUUUGCCAUCAACCACAACCCUGAUGCCAAGGACCUCAAACAGCUUGCUCAAAAAACAGGCCUGACCAAAAGAGUUUUGCAGGGAGAACAAAUCUUGGGGCAUUACAGCCAAACAUCCCGACGUUUGAAAAUUCCCUAAAGUAUUAAAAGAAGGGGAAAAGUUUGAUCGGAAAUCCACUGCAGUGAAGACAAAGACACUAUUAGGUUAUGAUAAUCAUACAUUUAAAAGUUUAUUGAACCAAAAGAAAGAGAGAGAGAGAGAGAGAAAGAGAGAGUGAGACUUAAGUGUCAUUUAUUGAAUGCUAGCAAAACCUCUGUUUUUAUGAUGUCUGACGCAAAUGAAGGCUUAGCCUCAUGUGGUUUAACAAAAGAACGAGAUAAAUCGUGGCUAAACCCAGAGCAACCUGGCACUAAUACGCCCUCCCCACAUUUGGAGAAAAUUAUUAUCGAAACAAUUCCACACAUUUGUCAAGCAAAAUAGCUGUAAAAUAAAGUCCAAAAGCAUCCAUUUCAUCUGCUUGCUAAUGUGUAUCAGUCCUAUCUGUUAAUGGCAUUUUUCCAAUUGUAAAUUCAAAGAAUAACAUUUACUCAUUAACGAGAGGAUAGGGAUCAAACCCAGUAAUUUUAGUAUUAUUGUCUAUACUUCCUUUUUAACCAGAAGGCUCUGCAUGCACGUUUGCAUCUGUCACUUCCAGUGUACACCUCUGUAAUGAUGACCUUGCUGUUUCCUGUAUGAUAAAUAGCUUUCAUUAAUAAACAUUUUACUUGAUGCAAACAUAGUUAACUUUAUGUUAAGCACACACUGUUGAAGUUGAUUUUGAACACUGUAUGAAAGAA